UUCGCGAGACGAGGCGAGUAAGUACGAGUGUACACAUGUUGAUGAACACAGUCGCAUCGUGUGCACUGUACACCGUCGUCGAGCGGACGUUUAGUCGUGUUUUGGUCGCGGCAUCGAUCUCCUGUUCGCGUCGAGCGUACUUGUCAUCGAACGUAAACCCAAUCUACGGCAAAUUCCUUCCUUUCUCUCUUCUUUUUGUCUUUUUUCCCUUUUCUCCUUCCUCUCUAAGGUUCACGCGUUCAAGGACGAUCCAUCGCGACCGAACGUGUGCCGACAGAUCCAGGAACAUGGCAGUGCACGAGUUGGUGAUCGCGGUUUUGUCCGUAUUUAUCGGCGUUUAUUUGUUCACGGGAAAACGACGACGCUUCAUUUACUUGCUCUACAAAACCUUGCCUAGAGACGUGCUGGGCGCAUACAGGUUCGUUCGAGUGAACGUGUUGCUAUGGUGGUGGGAGUGGCAAAACUUCACGGUGGCGAAAUUAUUCACGAGGCACGCCACUGCUAACCCCGACAAGAUUGCAUUCAUCUUCGAGGACAAAGAAUGGAGUUAUCGGGAGCUGGAAGAAUACAGCAAUCAAUUGGGACGUUACUUCCAUGGAAAAUCUUUGUCUCGCGAAGAUAGCGUUGGCUUGAUCUUGGAAAGUCGGCCUGAGUACGUAGGUAUCUGGUUGGGUCUGAGCAAAGCCGGCUUGGUGGGUGCCCUUCUUAACACAAACCUUCGGCAGGAUGUUCUGGUGCAUAGUAUCAAGGCUGCUAACUGCAAGGCUGUCAUCUUUGGAUCAAAUUUUAAAGAUGCUAUUAACGAAAUCAGGGAGAGGAUUCCGAACGUGGCACUGUAUCAGUGGUCAGAAUUGCCCGAUACCCCGUGUUUGGAAGGAGCAAUCGAUCUGAACCCGGAAAUCAUCAACGUCGAUUCCAGCCCCUUGGAUACCGUGGCUCUCGGCACCCCUAGAGACAAAUUGAUUUAUAUAUACACAUCUGGCACUACGGGGAUGCCGAAAGCUGCCGUUAUUACCAAUUUAAGGUACAUGCUGAUGUCGUGCGGCGUGAAUUCUAUGCUGAACCUACGACCGACCGAUCGAAUUUACAAUUCUUUACCACUCUAUCACACGGCUGGGGGAUUAAUUGGAGUAGGUCAAGCAUUACUGAGAGGAAUCACGGUUGUUCUCCGCAGACGCUUCAGCGCCUCCAAAUUUUGGUCGGAUUGCGUCCAUUAUGAAUGCACGAUAGCCCAAUACAUCGGAGAGAUCUGUCGGUAUCUGCUCACCGCGCCAUCAGCUUCGUGUGACACCACGCACAAAGUUCGAUUAAUGUUUGGAAACGGUCUCAGACCUCAGAUUUGGAAGCCUUUCGUGGAGAGAUUCGGCGUGAAACAAAUAGGCGAAUUUUACGGUGCCACUGAAGGGAAUUCGAAUCUUGUGAACAUUGAUAACAAGAUUGGCGCAGUGGGAUUCGUGCCACUCUGCGCUGGUUCCUUGUAUCCUGUAGCGUUAUUGAGAGUUGACGAAGAGACUGGAGAACCUUUGAGAGAAUCAGACGGCCUGUGUAUUCGUUGCAAACCUGGAGAGUCAGGUAUUUUCGUGGGUAAAAUCAAUCCAAAGAGGGUGUUAAAUGACUUCUCUGGAUACGUAGAUAGGAAAGCGUCGGAACAAAAAAUUCUUCGCGAUGUUUUUCGAAAAGGAGACCGAGUCUUCAAUUCUGGUGAUAUUUUACUCAUGGAUGAAUUUGGAUACUUCUACUUUAAGGAUAGGACUGGUGAUACGUUUAGGUGGCACGGUGAAAAUGUCGCCACUUCUGAGGUAGAGGCUGUUGUCAGCAACUUGAUAGGUUUAAAGGACGCAGCUGUAUAUGGAGUCGAGGUACCUGGAACCGAAGGAAAAGCUGGAAUGGCUGCCGUUUACGAUCCAGAAAACACUCUGAACAUCAAAGAAAUGGCAGAAGGUUUAAAAAAAUCUUUGCCAUCGUACGCUAGACCUCUUUUCGUUCGGGUUUUAUCAGAAUUACCCAUGACUGGCACGUUUAAGUUGAAGAAAAAGGAUCUUCAAGAAGAUGGAUUCAAUAUUAAAAAGGUUUCAGAUCCAAUUUAUUUCCUUGACAACUCUGGUGUCUAUGUGAAGCUGACGGAAGAAAUUUAUAACAAUAUACUCGAUGGGAAGAUCCGAUUGUGAGCUAAAUCCUUGAGAAAACUCAAUGAAAGUAUAAACAAUCUCAAUUUUGUAUAAUUUCUAUUUAUUGAUGAGAGAAAGAGUCUAUUAGAUAGAUUUAUUUUUUGUCUACACAAAUAUCCGCAACUAUUCCGAACAUCUCAUCUCAAAGUUAGCUCGAAAAGAGAUUAUAUUUAUACAUAUUUCUAUAUCUAUUUUAUUCUACGAUCCUUGUCAUCUCAAAGCUCUGUGAUUCAGAAUUGUAAAAACGGACCAAACAAAUAGAUUUAGUGCGUAUAUGUAAAAGAAAAAUAUUCCCGAAAGAAACUCAUGUCUUGAAAAUUGUGGAUUGUUAAUUCUUAAUCGGCUAGAUGUAUUUUUAUCUAUUAUAUAGAAUUGUUGCUAGAGAAGUAAGACUUUUAAGUUAUUUUAUAAAAAGCUGGUGGAGGAAUCGAGCACAAAGCGACUGCAACUCUGUAAAGUAAUGUGUGUAAAAUGAAACAUCGCGUCAUAGUUUAAUAAAUUGUCCCCUUGUUGAGGAAAACCAA